AUGUUGAUGCAAUCUGCUCUCUCCUGCGACACCAGGAAGUUCCUGAGUCAGCAGUACUAUCGCGGUCUGUCGCCUACGCCUCCACCUUCGAGCGACAGCAUCAGCGGUAGUUUACUUGGUGUCAGUCGCAAAUUGCAAAGUCUACUGAACGUCUCACCCGGCCCUACUCCCUCGACCCCCCCUCGAUCCGUGCGCCUCGCCAGUCCGUUUCACCAGGAGGUCAAAGCCAACAAGCCGAAGCCCAAGACACGAUCACGCAAGACCACACCAAAGGCCAACACACCCAGAGCAAGCGCAUCCAGAUCCAGUACAUCGAGAGCCACUACACCUGCAGUCAGCAGAGCAAAGACGCCAACUGCACCGCCCCGAAUUCGCAAGCGCAGUCGCAGUGUCUAUGAAGACGGCGAAAGCGAAAAUGAAAUGACCGGCGGUCGACGACAGCGCGAUGGAUACACCACACCAAAGCGCUUAAGACAUUUUCCCUAUCACAUGCCUCUAGGAUUGGGUAUCGCCGAUUUCGAAUCAUUAAACGAUAUGCCCAAAACAGACUCGGGAUCAGAGGCACUUCCUCAGAUCAUCCUCCCAUCAAUAGAAAUCGAAGACACCGACACAAACACCAACAACGCCAACACAGACAACGAUAAAACAGACUGGACAACCGAAGAAGACGAACAACUAGUCGACAUGGUCCUAGAAAAGUUUCGAUUGACCAAGCGCGACUGGGAAGAAUGCGCUCGUCGCAUUGGCAAGGAUGAUGCCAGUGUUGGUAAACGCUGGCAAGCGCUUCUUGGAGAAGGCAAUAUUGGCCUUCGACGAGGCUCGGGUCAAUUCGUCCGUGGUCGACUGGAUGGGUGUUUUCAACCUUGA